AUUGGUCACCUUGAACGAAGUGUUUUCACAGACACUAACACAAGCACGGUCCUCGGGCUGCAGUGUGUGUCUGUGUAUGUCUCGGAGAAGUGACGUGUGCUAGCGGCUUAUCUGGUGACGUGUCUCUACUGCUCUCUCUCUCUUCCCUCACGGAGUAGCUGGAUGGAGCCACACUGACUCCGCCGAGCACUCAAACUGGUACCAGUAACAAGCCAGGAGUCGGUUUAAGGACACCAUGGGGAUUAAAUUUUUGGAGGUCAUCAAGCCGUUCUGUGCGGUCCUGCCAGAAAUUCAGAAACCAGAAAGAAAGAUUCAAUUUAGAGAAAAAGUACUAUGGACGGCCAUAACGCUAUUCAUCUUCCUAGUGUGCUGCCAGAUUCCCCUGUUUGGCAUCAUGUCUUCAGAUUCAGCAGAUCCUUUCUACUGGAUGAGAGUAAUCCUGGCUUCAAACAGAGGUACUCUGAUGGAGCUGGGUAUCUCACCCAUUGUCACUUCAGGCCUUAUCAUGCAGCUGCUGGCUGGUGCCAAAAUCAUUGAGGUGGGAGACACUCCCAAGGACAGAGCGCUCUUCAAUGGAGCUCAGAAAUUGUUUGGAAUGAUCAUCACCAUUGGACAGGCCAUUGUAUAUGUAAUGACUGGCAUGUAUGGAGACCCUUCAGAGAUGGGUGCAGGGAUAUGCUUGCUUAUCAUCAUCCAGCUCUUUGUUGCAGGUCUGAUCGUCUUGCUGCUGGAUGAGCUGCUGCAGAAGGGCUAUGGGCUUGGCUCUGGUAUCUCUCUUUUCAUUGCAACUAACAUCUGUGAGACGAUCGUCUGGAAGGCCUUCAGCCCCACCACAGUCAACACUGGCAGAGGCACUGAGUUUGAGGGAGCCAUCAUUGCUCUAUUCCAUCUGCUGGCCACCCGCACGGACAAGGUGCGUGCCUUGAGAGAAGCCUUCUACAGACAAAAUCUGCCCAAUCUCAUGAACCUCAUCUCCACUGUCUUUGUGUUUGCAGUGGUCAUAUACUUCCAGGGCUUCAGAGUGGACCUGCCCAUCAAAUCAGCACGCUACCGUGGUCAAUACAACACCUACCCCAUUAAACUGUUCUACACCUCCAACAUCCCCAUCAUCCUGCAGUCUGCCUUGGUCUCCAAUCUUUAUGUAAUUUCUCAGAUGCUCUCAACACGUUUCAGUGGCAAUUUCCUCGUCAACCUCCUGGGAACCUGGUCUGACACCUCAAGUGGAGGACCAGCUCGGGCUUACCCAGUGGGUGGUCUCUGCUACUACCUUUCACCCCCAGAGUCAUUUGGUUCUGUUCUGGAUGACCCAGUUCAUGCUGUGAUCUACAUAGUCUUCAUGCUUGGCUCCUGUGCUUUCUUCUCCAAGACAUGGAUUGAAGUUUCAGGAUCCUCUGCCAAAGAUGUGGCGAAGCAGCUGAAGGAGCAGCAGAUGGUAAUGAGGGGACACAGAGAAACAUCUAUGGUGCAUGAGCUUAACAGGUACAUCCCCACAGCUGCUGCUUUUGGUGGUCUCUGUAUAGGAGGGCUGUCUGUCAUGGCUGACUUCCUGGGUGCUAUUGGUUCGGGUACAGGGAUCCUUCUGGCUGUGACGAUAAUCUACCAGUACUUUGAGAUCUUUGUGAAGGAGCAGAGCGAAGUGGGGAGCAUGGGAGCGCUGCUUUUCUAGAAAAUACCAACUUGCUGACACACAUCAGACAAAAAAUAUGCCCACCCCCACCCCAAUCCUUUUUUUUAUUUUUUAUUUUUUUUAUUUUGCAGUUCACACAAUUGGUACAUUUGCAGCUGGGAUAGGUCACUGUUCCCUGCCACCUUAAUUUUCCACCAUAGCUCUCUCACAUGUCAGUGCUGAGAAAGCAUUCUGGUUACUCCCAGGGUUGAGAAAAGUAUUGUGUCUCUUCAGUCCUUUUUAUUCCAGUAGCUACUGCCCAUGUCUCUGCAGCCCCACAGACUGUCUUAUCAGCUAAAGAAUGCCUAAAACACAAAUGUGUGAGGUGUUGUCUCUGGCAUUGUUCAUUGCAGCAUAUUCAAGGAACACUUAAGACAGCAAAAACAUGUUAGUGCUUUUUUUUUCAAGCUGAAAGCACUUUGUCUGGACAUUUCAGGUGAGUUGAAAGAAAACCAUGUUAUGUUCAUCAUACAGUGAUCAUGCUUGAGAUGUCUAGGAGCCUAUACUAGAAUGAGAAAGUAUAAAUAAAAUACUUUUACUCCUGGUAGGGUUUCUGGUAAUCUCAGGCAAACAGUGGAUGGUUUUCAUUUACUUGUGUCUUUUAAAUGAUGGACGUUUUUAUUCACUCUGGUCUUAUGUAGGGCACAUUGUUUGUCCACUGUCUCCGGGUCCUCAAAUGAAAGUGUUUGUGUUACUUGUUCUUUUAUUCCCAGAAUGAAUUGCUGCGCAAUACUGCCGAGACGGUUGGGAUGAGGGUG